CUCCUGAGAAAAAGUGCAGACUGGCCAGAAGGCGGCUGCUGACAGCAACCGGCACCUGUUGCUGUGACCCCGCCCUCCCCAGGGCUCCAGACACCUCAGGGGAGAGCGGGGCUGGUUGCCAAGGCCUCGGGUGAUAUGGAUCCGGAAGCAGGAAGUAGUCUGUGUCCAGGAUCCUCCUGGCUGGGUGAGCUUGGAGGCGCCGGGCCGGCAGUUGUGGGAGAAGGAGGCGGCAGACACGGGGUCACGGUCAGCUGGCACCAGGCCCCUCCAGCCGAGAUGGGGACCGCGGAGGAGCUGGACUCCGCAGUCCAGGAUGUGCUGGGGAAACUGAAGAGCCACAAGCUGUUCCAGUCCAGCUGGGACACGGCCGCCUUCGUCAUCUUCCUCACCUUCGUGGGCACCGUGUUGCUGCUGCUGCUGCUGGUUUUCAUCCACUGCUGCUGCUGCUCCUGCCGCCGCCGCCGCCGCGGCCCCCGAGCCCCGAAGGUGAGGCCGCAGCAGGAAGCCCCCAGGGGAGUGGAUAACUUGGCCCUGGAACCGUAGCGCCUGCCCAGAGGCCCCUCCGUGUCCCGUGUGCCCCGCUGGCAAUAGCAACAAUGCCCACUUUGCCCGAGUCCGGAGUAUCUGAGCCUUCCUU